UCCACAAGUACUUUGACUGCUAGGCUUCAUAUUGAAAAGAAAACUGUUACUCUUAAGCGUAUGUCUCUUGUCCACAUGGUGGUUGGUCUUUUUGACAAGAUAAAAAGCAAUGGAGAACUCAAAGAUCUAACCUCUUUGAAGAGAUUCUUAGAAGACGAAGGUGUUAUUUUGAAGGAAGAUUGCAACUGUUCUGACCCUAUUGCUGAAAUGAGAAGGAUAAACACUUUUGAUAAAUCAAAGAUGCGUAGACCACCUAAAAAAGUGUACAAGGUUAAAGAACUGACAGUGAUAACUAAGGUUGAUGAGAAAGAACUUAUACAUAUUCCAAUAAAGGGCCCGUGGCAAUUUCUAUUGAAAACCAUUCAGAGUUUGCAAGACUUAAAGGGGAUGCCAUCUAGUCCUAAGGAUAGCAAGAGUGUGAUUGGCUUUUACAUUCUCAUGCGUAUGGGCUAUGAAACUGAUGCUGAUGGAGUCCACUACUGGAAGGUCAAAAACUCAGCUGGAACUGGUUGGGGUGAAAAUGGAUUCGGGAAGAUAAUCCGACAAACAAGCCGCAAUGGAAAACCGUCAUUGAUUAAAUAUAUCCUUUGUCCUGUGCUCCUUGACAACUACGAGGAUGAAGCUUAGCUACCACUACUCCAAGACUUAAGAAAAUGAACUAUUAUCAUUACCAUCUAUUUUCUUGUUUUAUGAUAUGAUGCUACUCAGCUUAUGUAGUAGAUAUUUCUGAAUGUUUGCUUUCUUUUCUUUUUAUCUACUUGUUCUACGUUAAUUAUAACCAUA